GAUACUUGAUGUCAGUGUGAACUUCACUCCUGCUCAUGUCGGCCAUAAGUGCAUAAAAAUAAUCAACAAGUGACGUAUGAGAGGACAGAGGGAGGAGGAAGUGACACGUCACUAAUUAGAGGAAGUAGAUUCAACAUUCGUCUUGAAGACAGAACAAGUUCAGAGACGAGUAGAAGAAGAGAGACGAGAGACGGAGAGGAACGAUGGCUGAAUUCAGAUGGAUUAAAGCCUCUUUGUGUCUGAUUCUGGUGCUUCAGUUUACAGCAGCAACAGGACAACGUUAUCCCUACUUCACUGUCAGAGAUGGAGAUGAAGUCACUUUGCAUUGUGACGAUGUGAUAGAUAUGAGCUGUGAAUCUACUGAUUGGACCUUCAUUGAUUUAAGGACACCACAAGGAGUAAAGCUGGUAAAAGAAGGGCAGAUUGUUGAUGAGGCCAUAUUUAAACCAGAUAGACGACAAUUUUCAGAGAAUUGUUCUCUGGUUAUAAAGAAGGUCACAGAUGAAGAUAUUGGUAAAUAUACCUGCAAACAGUUCAGAUCAGGACAACAAGAAGGUCAAAAUGCUGAGGUUAUUCUGUCUGUUGUGACCAUUCCUCUUCUUUCUCUCACUAUGUCUCCAUCUUCACCAGUGACUGAACACAAGGACACUGAGGAGGUGACGGUGAUCUGCUCUGUUUCCACAUAUUUAUGUGCACACACAGUGAAGUGGCUGAUUGAGGGUCAAGAUAACAUGAACAUUACAAUAUCUCAGACUCGAUGCCCGGCCUCUGCUUCCUUUUCAACUUCUCAUUUUAUUCCGAUGAUUUCUGAGUUGCUCAAGUGUGAAGUGACUGAUCAUCAAGAUGGAGAAGUGAAGGUGUUUCCCUUCAGCCCUCCUCCGUCCUCAGGUGAAGAUGCAACAACAACAGCAGCAGCAACAACAACAACAGCAGCAGCAACAACAACAGCAGCAGCAACAACAACAACAGCAGCAACAACAACAGCAGAAGGCUGGUGGAGGUUGGCCAUCGUGUCCGUGGGCUUAGCAGCACUCAUAAUAACAGUUGUGGUCUUCAACGUGUGGACAAGAGCUAUAGAGAAGAAAAGACGGAUGGAUGAAAUCACUGUGCGUUAUGAUGAAGAAGAUGAAACGGUGAACUAUGAAAACAUCCGACGUCCCGAUGGAGUUUGACCAACACGUCGGCCUCCAUCAGACUCCACCGAUCGUAAUAUCCCGUGUUGCCAUGUUCCAAUUUGCUCAGAACAAUUAUGGUUAAUGAACGAGCCUUAAAUCGUCUUCCCGCAGAACAUUUCCCAGCUGAUUUGACCCUUUUAAAAACCAACCUAUUUUCUAGGUUUCUGCUUGAAAUAACAUACCCAAACUAAAAAGGGUGUAUCUCAGCAACCACAAAGGCUAUUUGAAUAAUGUUGGUGUUAUA